UCUCCUUUUCAUUUGCUUUGUCAUACACUAAACCUAGGGCGAAGAUGGGAAGCUGUUCACGAUCCGGUGCGCUGCUGUUGUUGGGUUUUGUCCUUCAUUAAUCCCUCCUUUCGUCUCAGUUGAUUAAUACUGCAUCGAUAUCCCGUAAGGGCAGACAGUCGUCAGCAUCUAUCCGACACGUAUCGACCCUUUACUGGAAAAAAAGAACAAGCGAAGGUUUGGGAAAACGGGGAUCCAGCGUGCCCUUCUUGCGCCAUGCAUGUACGCUCAAGCAGAGGAGAUCCUGUUGUAGGCUACUGCGCACCGAGACGCGCCGUGUAUGCGCACCACUGAUCCCCGUUGAACUUCACCUUCUCUGAAGGACCCUAGAGUCAUUUGGAUAUCGCUACUGUAGCCUUUAGCAGUCUGUGCUCAACCUCACGCCUGGCAAGGGGAUUUGGAUUUAAACGCCACUAAGUGGAACAGGUAAUGUGCUCUUUCACUGGGACCCUGAUCUGCGCGGACACGUGGAUUUGAUUAGUUCUGAUUUAUGUGAGGGACGCUGCCUUAAUAUCCCACUCAGCGACAUAUGGUGGUCUGUGGGCGCAGAUUUCCAGCUAUCGAGCUUCUCCACAACGUGUCCACGGCGGAGCUAGAGCGGACAGAGCCGGGGACGCUGAGGAAUGCGGAGCCGGGAUUUUGUCUUUUCCAGCUCACCUGCGGAAGUCUUCGCAGCCCAAACCAAAGAACCGCUACAUUCUACUUAAUCGGAGCAUCAGAGAUAGGACCCCCAGACCGAACAAGCACGGGGUCAGUAGGCUUACAUAACCUUCUCCGUGUCUUUUCAUCCUCCAGCCGACCAACGCAGCCGGUGAGCAAGCGGGGCGCCAUGCUACGGCAGAUCCUCCUCAACUCCACCGACACCCCAGACUUCGACCAGGUGCUCAUGGCCCACUCCUCCACGCACGCGCCUUCCUCCCUGAACGCCUCGCACGGCGGUUCUGUGAGCGUGGCCGCUCUUCUGAGACCCACCGCGGGGCGAGGGGGGGCAGGAGUGCUCCGGGAGGGCGAGCUCCACAAACCGGACCUGAUCACCUACAUAGUCAUGUGCCUACUGCUCUUCCUGUUGGUGUUGCUGAUUGUGUUCUUCAUCAACUGCCAGCUCCGGAACUCUUUCUUCGCCUCCAUGCCAUAUGACAGGUCGCUGAGAGAGGCCCGGACCUAUAAAUAGGCUAGGCUAGACCCCCGGGACUAAUCUCUGUGGCCCUGGAUCUUUAGUGAGACUCCUGCGUGUAGGUUAACGGGUCACCCCUUAACUGCUGUUGUACAUACUUAACUCACAAAGUUGUUGCCUUGAUCACUUGUCUUUGACAUAUUGGAAGGCCUAAAUAACCUGGAACCCCAACAACACCUAACAUGAUUAAUCAGAGCCUUUACUAGACCAAACGUUGCCCACAUGUUCCACAGCACCAACCCCAAAAAGAUAGUUCUUCAGACGAUAGAGGGCCUUUGAGAAGGUAAAUUGGGUACAUGGGCCCGCUGCAGGUAGAAAAAUAACAGUAGCCUAGACCUUAACUCCUGAUUAAAUUAGUGACUCAUAUUGGUUGGGUAUACAAUGUGAAACAAUCCAUCAUCUCCUGCAACUCCUUGUGGUCAGCGCACUGCACUUUGGAAACUAAUUAUGUAUUCCUUCACAUACACUCCUAAGCUUGUGUUUAUUCAGCUGCUUACAAAUAUCACCUGGCGCCUGCUAUUUGGGUCCAAAUUCACAGUUGGCAAUUCCACACUGGCCCAGACACUUUCAUGUUUUUUUUUUGUUUUGUGAAUGUGACUUAUGGUAACAUAAAUAUUCUACAAUUGAUGGUUUAUAAGAUAUUUUGUAUGAUUGUAACUUAACUGUCUUGUCUUGU